CGCGCGAGCACAGUUCAGGGAACUGAACACGUUAUCGAGCGAUUCGGAAGCGAGUCUUUGCGACAUCCUCGCAAAUCUUUUCGUCCAUUUUGGAAAUCUAAGAGUGAGUAUGGCCGAGCAAUACUUCGACAAAUACGAGCACUUCAACUUUGACUACGACAAGCACAUCUUCACUGGUCACGGCGGAAAACAGCGGAGCAAGAGGGAGGCUACGUUUCACACGAAUCAUUUCGAUCCGUGCGGACAUUCUAGAAAGCUCCUGACCAAACUCAUGAACACGGAGCACAACAAGCGACAACUGCCCAAGGCCAAAGCCUAAUUCCAUCAUUGAUACCGGAUUUAGUUCCAUCCUUCAAGGAAGGUCUGCGCCUUAUUAUUUUCACUGCAACCUUCGGACACACCAUUGGAGGCCAACCAUUAAUAUUUUAACAUUUCUAUGAAUAUGUCAUUACUCGCAUACUUCAAUGGCUUGAUUGAUAGACGAUCUCGCUGUAAGAUAAUCUAUGUGUGAUUUCACAAAUACCUUUUCUCGUGUAAUUUAACUAAGCAAUUACGAUAAGACUCGUAGGUUGCAAGAAAAUUUUUUUUAAGUUGAUAGAGAAAAAAGAAAAUGUAUUGUAAUUACCUUUGCACUUUCAUGCCAAAAAAGAACUUUUAAAGUGUGACUGUAAAAGGUGAUGAUAUUACGAUAUAAAAAAUAAAUUUAUGAUUAUCUUUUAUUAAA